AUGAAAAAAGAAUAUAUAAGGACAUUAAUUUUAUCAUUGAUAGCUGUUGUCUGCCUAGCUAUUGGUAUUUCAUUAACUAUAAUAGGAGCUAUCAAUAUUAGUAAUGGUAUUAAGAAAACUAGUGAUAAUGAUAAUAAAUCUACUACUCAUAUAAUAGGAAUAAAAUCUACUAUUACAACAACAAAUAAUAAAGUUAUAAUAAGUAGUACCUCAUCUUUAGAUACUACAACAAAAAAACAUUCAAAUGUACCAUAUUAUCCUCCAAGAUCUGGUAUUGUUUUUGGGAUCAUGUCAGGAAAUGAUAUGAAUAUUGAAGGAUUUCAAUAUAUAGUACAAAAUAUGAUUCCUAAUAUUAUUUCAAAUAAGUGGACACAUUCUGAACGUAUUGGAGCAUCAAAUUAUAAUUUAUAUAUAAAAAGUCAAAUAGUAUUAUUUAAUGAACCUAAUUAUAAUACAAUUAAAAAAAAUAUUUCUUCAUUUACUUGGUUUCCUGAUAAAAUAAAUAUAUCUACUCAAUUAAAUAAUAUAAGACAAGAUUUUCUUCGUGUAUUACCAUUAGAAGAUAAAUAUAUGCAAACGAUAAUAUUUACAUCAAAUAAUAAUAAAGAAGAUAUUGAAAAUUCUAUUAGUGAUGCUAUGAUAUUAAAUGAAAGUGGUCAAUUAAUUAUUAUUGGUGUUGGUAGAAAUGUUGAUAAAACAUUAUUACAAAAAUUAACUAAAAAUGUUUUAAUUUGGUAUUAUGGUGGUAAUGAUAAACAGAUAAUAAAUGAACUUGAAAAUUUAAUUGUUAAUUUUAAUCCUAAUUAUUUUACAGUAACAACAACCCUACCUCCAUCAACAAUUUCUACAAUUAAAUAUAAAACUUCAAAAUUAUCAAAUAGUAGUAGAAUGUCAACAUCUAAAUUAGUAACAAAAUUAUCAACAAUUAAAGUAACAACUGAAAUACCAAAUGUUAAUUAUAAUCCAUGUUUCACAAACAUAAUAUUUUCUAUAGAUACAUCAUCAGACAUUUUAACACCAAUACAAUUUCAAGAAGAAAUAACAUUAAUUAAUGAUUAUAUAACACUUAACUGGAAUCAUUAUGAACGUGUAGCAUUAACAUCAUAUGAUGAAAAUGUUGAUACACUAUAUACUUUUAAUACAAUUGUAAAUAGUAAUGAUUUUCAAUUAAAAAUAAAUACUUUUACACAAAGUAAAGGAAGCUCAUUAACAAAAUUAUUAUCUGGACUUUUGACUCUCCAAACAAGUAAUCAAAAAGAUCUAUCAAUAUUUAUUUUUAUAUCAAAAUUAAAUUAUGCUGAUUUACAAUUUGCUAAAAUUUAUUCUAAACAAUUAUUAAAAAAAAGUAAAUUAAAUUUUAUCAUUCUUGAUAAAAAUGUUAAUCCAUAUGAUUUGGUAUCAUUAAAUGCUUCAAAAAUAAUAUCAUACAACUUUACUAAAGAAGAUAUUCCUAAUAUUAAAAAUUUUUUUGCAACAUCAUAUAGUUGUAAUUUUAUUCCAUCAAUUCCAUUACCAUUAACAAAAAUACCAACUUUAUCAACUACUACUACAACUUUAUCAACAACAACCAUAUCAAAUAUUUAUUAUCCCCCCAAAUCUGCUAUAAUUUUUGCCAUUGAUAGUACAAAAAAUAUUGAUAAUAGUAUUUAUCAAAAUAUAAAAUAUUUAGUAACAAAUAAAUUAAUAAAUUCUCAAUGGAAUUAUCCAUCAAGAAUAGGUGUAUUUGGUUAUGAUUCUAAUAAAAAUACUGAAACAUCACCAUUUGGUUUAUCAACAUUUAAUUAUAUUAAACAAAUAGUUGAUGGAUUUAAACAAUUACCAGGUAAUUGUUCUAUUUCUACUGGUUUAAAAGAAACAAAACUUCAAUAUUAUACUUCAUUAAAAAAUGAUAUUAAAUAUAUGCAAACUAUUAUUUUUACAAGUUGUAGUUCUAUUGAUGAUAUUAAUAAUGCUAUUGUAGAUGCUUUUUUUUUGAGAGAAAUGGGACAAUUAAUUAUUGUUGGUAUUGGAGAGAAUGUUAAGGUAGAAAAUCUUUUGAAGCUUUCUAAUAAAGUUCUUAUUUGGAGUGGUGAUAUAAAUGAUAAUAAUAUUUUUAAUAUACUUGAAAAAUGGAUUGUUAAUUUUAAUCCAUAUGAUAUAGAAACUACAACUAGUACAACCUCUUUAACAAAAACAACUACAAUCACUAAAAUACCAACAACAUUUUUACCAUCAAUUCCAUAUUAUCCAUGUAAAACAAAUAUUAUUUUAGCUAUAGAUGCCUCAUCAGAUGUCAUGACAGAUUCUCAAUUUAAUAAAGAAAUAAAUUUAAUUAAAAAUACAAUAAUAAGUAAUUGGACACAUUAUGACAGAGUUGCAUUAUCAUGGUAUAAUAAUCUUCCUUCAACAUUUUUUUCAUAUAAUACAAUUAAUGAUAAAAAAAAUUUUGAAAUGAUUCUUACAAUGAUAAAACAAGAACCUGGUUAUAAUUUGAGUAAACUUUUAUCAACAUUAACAUAUCUUAAAAAUAUGAAUACUUUUAAAACUUCAACAUUUAUCUUUAUCUCUAAAGUUGAUAAUAAUGAUAUUGAAAAUUCAAGAAUUUUUGCCAAUAUUUUACUUAAAGAAGGAACAUUGAAUUUUAUUACUAUUGGUAAUAAUAUAACUUCAGAAGGUUUUUCAAAAUUAUUAUCUUUAAAUCCUUCAAAUAUUUUUCAAUGGAAUUAUAACAAUUCUUCUAGUAUACUUAAAUAUUUUGAUCAAUCAAUGGAUUGUUAA